ACGGCCCUCUCCUUGCAUGGCGUAGGUGGGUCUGCAAAGGCGCCCGCGUCCCGGCGUGGAGAGCACUCUGGACGCGCGCAGGAGCGCUGCUUCCCUCCGUGCAAGCGCCGGCAGCUCUUACAUCAGGCUUGCAAUGUGGGGCGGAGGCGGAGGAGGGCUCGGCGGCCAGGGGCCUAUGCGGUGCCCGAGCGGGCCAGGGGGCGGGAUCCGGCCGCCUCCCUCCAGCCCCGGGGCCGGGAAGGGCUCCCUGCAGCCCCUCCCCUCCGCCUCUUAAAGCGGACUCCCGGGCGCCUGGGUCCAUCGCCUGCGCCGAGGGGCUCGGGGACAGGAUGGCACCGGCGCCCUACACGCGGAUCCUGGGUCUGGGAGUCUCCUCUCUCAAGUGCUGGUCCUCAGCCCCCGUGCGCUGGGCCCACGCGCCACGAGUCAUCCACGGCGACCUUGGCAAACUUUCGCGGCCGGUGCAGGAGUUCGUGGAACACGGGGUGCGGCUCUGCCAACCGGAGAACAUCCACAUCUGCGAUGGGACCGAGAAGGAGAACGGCAAGAUCUUAAAUCUUCUGGAAUCGGAAGGCGUCAUAAAAGCGCUGACCAAGUAUGAGAACUGCUGGCUGGCCAAAACCGACCCUAAGGAUGUGGCCCGUGUGGAGAGCCGGACGGUCAUUGUGACGGAGAACCAGAGGGACACAAUUCCCAUCCCUGUCUCAGGAGCCAAAGGUCAACUGGGCAACUGGAUGAACCCAAAAGCAUUUCAGGAAGCAAUGGAUGACCGGUUCCCCGGCUGUAUGAAAGGCCGUACCAUGUACGUCAUCCCUUACAGCAUGGGGCCCAUUGGCUCUCCCCUGUCCAAGAUCGGGAUCCAGCUCACAGACUCUGCCUACGUGGUCGCCAGCAUGCGCAUCAUGACCCGCAUGGGUGCUGCAGUCCUCCGCAAUCUGGGAGACGGGGAGUUUGUCAAAUGCUUGCACUCUGUGGGACGACCUCUUCCUCUGGAAGAAGAGCUGGUGAAUAACUGGCCGUGUAACCCCGAGAAGACCAUCAUCGGACACGUCCCGGAGCGGCGGGAGAUCGUCUCCUUCGGCAGCGGCUAUGGGGGGAACUCCCUCCUGGGCAAGAAAUGCUUCGCUCUCCGCAUCGCCUCUUGCAUUGCCAAAGAUGAGGGCUGGCUGGCUGAGCACAUGCUGAUCUUGGGGAUCACAAACCCUGAGGGGAAGAAGAAGUACGUGGCGGCCGCCUUCCCCAGCGCCUGCGGGAAGACUAACAUGGCCAUGAUGAAUCCCACGCUGCCCGGUUGGAAGGUGGAGUGCGUAGGGGAUGACAUUGCCUGGAUGAAAUUCGACAGCGAAGGGCGUUUGCGAGCCAUCAACCCCGAAAACGGGUUCUUUGGAGUGGCCCCGGGCACGUCCACCAAAACCAACCCCAACGCUAUGCACACCAUCCAGCGGAACACCAUGUUCACCAACGUUGCCGAGACCAGCGAGGGCGGAGUCUACUGGGAGGGCAUCGACCAGAUGAUACCAGCCGGGGUCACCAUCAGCACCUGGCAGGGGAAGCCAUGGAAACCGGGUGACAAGGAAGCUGCUGCGCAUCCCAACUCCCGGUUUUGCGCUCCCGCCCGCCAGUGCCCCAUUAUGGAUCCGGAUUGGGAAUCCCCCCAGGGUGUCCCUAUCGAUGCCAUCGUCUUUGGGGGCAGGAGGCCUGUGGGAGUGCCCUUGGUGUACGAGGCCUUCAACUGGCGCCACGGAGUCUUCGUGGGCAGCGCGAUGAGAUCUGAAUCCACAGCAGCGGCAGAACACAAAGGCAAAGUCAUCAUGCACGACCCCUUUGCCAUGCGCCCCUUCUUUGGUUACAACUUUGGCCGCUACCUGACCCACUGGUUGAGCAUGGAAGAGCGCAGAGGCGUCCGGCUUCCCAAGAUCUUCCACGUCAAUUGGUUCCGGAAGAAUGCCGAGGGGAACUUCUUAUGGCCGGGCUUUGGGGAGAACUCUCGGGUCCUUGACUGGAUCUGCCGGCGUGUCGAUGGAGAAGAGAGCGCCCAGGAAACGCCCAUUGGGUACGUCCCCAAAGAUGGCGCCCUAGACCUCAGUGGCCUCAAGAAAGUGGACCACCGGGAGCUAUUCACCUUGCCCAAGGAGUUCUGGCAACAAGAAGUGCAGGAAGUGAGGCAGUACCUGACGGAGCAAGUGAACGAGGAUCUGCCCAAGGAAGUGAUGAAGGAAUUGGAGGACCUGGAGGGACGUGUGAAGAAGAUGUGAGGGACCUGAGGGAAAGAUGAAAAAGAUUCUGACCAAAGAUUUGCCCCCUGUCUCUCCUGAGGGGAAAGGGAGGAGAUGGCAGGGAGGUUUGUUUACAGAACUUCCCUUCCCCGCCUCUUGCCAGCUGUGCUUCUCUGGCUGUCAGGGUUCGGCCAUCUUGGGUCGUGAGGCAGCCAUCUUGCAACUUAGGCACCCUGAGCCAGAUAGACGGUUUCUUAGCUAACCUAGGGUGACCAAUCUCCAGGUGAGGGCUGGAGUUCUCCCAGAAUUACGCUGAGCUCCAGAGUGCAGAGAGGAAAUGGCAGCUUUGGAGGGUGGGCUCUGUGGGUGGGCUCUCUAUCCCCACUGAACUCUCUUGCCUCCGCAGACUCUGCCACUUUGGAGGGUGAUCUCUCUAUCCCCACUGAACUCUCUUGCCUCCGCAGACUCUGCCACUUUGGAGGGUGGUCUCUCUAUCCCCACUGAACUCUCUUGCCUCCGCAGACUCUGCCACUUUGGAGGGUGGUCUCUCUAUCCCCACUGAACUCUCUUGCCUCCGCAGACUCUGCCACUUUGGAGGGUGGUCUCUCUAUCCCCACUGAACUCUCUUGCCUCCGCAGACUCUGCCACUUUGGAGGGUGGUCUCUCUAUCCCCACUGAACUCUCUUGCCUCCGCAGACUCUGCCCCCACAACUCUAUGAAUUUUCCAAGUUAGAGUUAGCCACCCUAGCGAAAUCAGUUUUAUUUCCUUUCCUUUAGUUCAACUCUUUCUUCAUCCGAACAAUUCUUCCAUCUUCUGUCCCCUUUGUCUGUCGGUUCUGUUUUUCUCAUCAUGGUCUGGUUUUGGGAUCUCUCUGUUUGUGUGAGUGGGUUUUUAAUCUUUCACAGAUUGUCUGUCCCUCUGAUGUAAGCCUUUCCUUUCCAAAUCACUCUUGGUCGCCAUUUUGGAGUGUUCAAAUUUAGAACCAGUGGCCUUGUUAGUUAUCUGUGAAGCUGACAGAGAGGAAAGACCUUCUAUCAGCCAAGGUCUUCACAGCUGGCAGAAUUGUUUUCACCAAAUCCCAGCAUUGGCUUUCCUGUUUUAUGGCGCAGGUGGAAAUCCACCACUUCUAGGCCUGUUGCUAACUCUGGCCCCUUCCGCACACGCAAAACAAUGUGUUUUCAAACCACUUUCACAACUGUUUGCAAGUGGAUUUUGCUAUUCCGCACAGCUUCAAAGAACACUGAAAGCAGUUUGAAAGUGCAUUAUUCUGCAUGUGCGGAAUGGGCCUCUGUCAGACUGGAAUGGAGUAUAGGCCCACUCAGCUCCUAUAUCUGCACAAUCCCUCCUUCUAUUUCCUCUUAACCAGAAAUUGAAUGUGAUGAUUAUGUACACCAAUGUGGUGUAGUGGUUAAGAGCAGGUGGACUCUGAUCUGGAGAACCAGGUUUGAUUCCUCACUCCUCCACCUGAGUGGCGGACUCUAAUCUGGUGUACUGGAUUUGUUUCCCCACUCCUACAUUCCCUGCUGGGUGACCUUAGGCUGGUCACAAUUCUGCAAGAACUCUUGUCAGCCCCACCUACCUCACAAGAUGUCUGCUGAGGGGAGAGGAAGGGAAAAGGAGUUUGUAAGGAGAGAAAGGCUGGAGCACCUUCCCUAUGAGGAGAGGCUGCAGCGUUUGGGACUCUUUA